CCCUUCCCACUUUUACUGUUGUUUCACUUUCAUUGUACAAGCUGCAAAGGAGUUUCCUUCGGGGAUCACAAACGGGAACAUUAGGUAACUAUCGGUGGGAUAAACAACAUUUACCAGCUAAGAUGACAGGUAAACCUUUUGCUGCCAAGAAGUUCCACAAGAUACGCCAGUUCUUCCUGGGGAUAGACCCUCAGGAGCCCUUGAGGAUCAUGCUCAUUGGGAAGAGUGGAGCCGGCAAGAGCUCUAGUGGGAACACCAUCCUCAAUAAAACUGUCUUCAAAUCUGACAUGAAGCUGAAAAGAGUCACUAUCUACUGUGAAAAGGAAGAUGGGAGGGUUGAAGAUAGACGUGUCUCCAUCAUUGACACACCUGGGCUUUUUGAGGAAGGCCGUGACAAGGAUGAAAAGGAUGAAAUUAUUCGGGAGAUCCUGAUGCGAGUGAAGCUCCAGCAGCCAGGCCCUCACGUCUUCGUGUUUGUGAUUCCUUUAGGAAGGAUGACCCAGGCAGACCAAGACACCAAGAAACUGAUUGAAGCUAAAUUUGGCCCCAACGUGUGGGACUACACCAUCGUGCUGUUCACACACGGCGAUCGUCCGGAAGGGAAAACUAUAAAUGAUGUCAUCACUGAGAGUGACAACGACCUCCGCGACUUUGUCCGCAAGUGCAGCGGUGGUUUCCACGUCUUUAACAACAAGCACCCAGAGGACAAGACGCAGGUGACGCGCCUUAUAGAGAAGAUCGAGACCCUGGUGGCCCUGAAUGGAGGCGGUCACUACCGCACAGAGUUCUAUCCCUGGGAAGAGAGAAAGAUCAGGAGGGAGCAGGAGAGAAUCCUGGCAAAGAGAGAAAAUUUUAUCAAGCGUAUGGACGACGAAGGGAGGGAUUAUGGCUGCAUAAUAGAGCUCCCCCUGAGGUCGAAGGAAGGAUGGAGAAAUGCGGAGGAGAGUUCAAGAAUAGAAGCAGAAGCUAUCUCCAGAAGAAACGCGGUUCUAGGUUAUUUGGUUCCGUUUGUUCUGUUUCUAUUCCUGGUGUGGGUGUUCAGACAGCCGCAGAAAUGUCUUUCAGCGGCCACACUUCCCACUUUUACCGUUGUUUCACUUUCAUUUUACAAGCUGCAAAGGGGGUUCUUUCGGGGAUCACAAACGGGAACAUUAGGUAACUAUCGGUGGGAUAAACAACAUUUACCAGCUACGAUGACAGGUAAACCUUUUGCUGCCAAGAAGCUCGACAACUCCCCCAUGAAGGAAGAAAACGCCCCUCAGGAGCCCUUGAGGAUCAUGCUCAUUGGGAAGAGUGGAGCCGGCAAGAGCUCUAGUGGGAACACCAUCCUCAAUAAAACUGUCUUCAAAUCUGACAUGAAGCUGAAAAGAGUCACUAUCUACUGUGAAAAGGAAGAUGGGAUGGUUGAAGAUAGACGUGUCUCCAUCAUUGACACACCUGGGCUUUUUGAGGAAGGCCGCAGCAAGGAUGAAAUUGUUCGGGAGAUCCUGAUGCGAGUGAAGCUCCAGGAGCCAGGCCCUCACGUCUUCGUGCUUGUGAUUCCUUUAGGAAGGAUGACCCAGGAAGACCAAGACACCAACAAAUUGAUUGAAGCUAAAUUUGGCCCCAACGUGUGGGACUACACCAUCGUGCUGUUCACACACGGCGAUCGUCUGGAAGGGAGAACGAUAAAUGAUGUCAUCACUGAGAGUGACAACAACCUCCGCGACUUCGUCCGCAAGUGCAGCGGUGGUUUCCACGUCUUUGACAACAAGCACCCAGAGGACCAGACGCAGGUGACGCGCUUUAUAGAGAAGAUCCAGACCCUGGUGUCCCUGAAUGGAGGCGGUCACUACCGUACAGAGUUCUAUCCCCGGGAAGAGAGAGAGAUCAGGGAGGAACAGGAGAGAAUCCUGACGGAGGAAAGCGAUUCCAUCAAGAAAAAGGAGGAUGACCUAAAGAAGAAUGUCAAGGGAGAAGAGCUCAACAUGAAGUUGAAGGUGCUAUGGAGAAAAGAGGAGGAGAGUUCAAGAAAAGCAGCAGAAAGGCAGAUCAUCAGAAGGAAUUUUAUCUGGAAGGGUCUAUUCUGUGGGGUACCGUUGUUUCUGUUCCUGCUGGUGGUGGUGGUUUGGUUUUUAAGUCCUGCAAAACAUGACUUAAAUCAAUCAGCCUCAGAGGUAAAUAAUUAAUGUUUAUAGUAGCAAUCAUUUGGAUUGUGAUAUUUCUUGUGAUGUCCUCAACCUUUGCAAGAAAAAUCUUGUUGCUUUCAAAUACUAAAUGAAAAGGAGUCUUCUAUUUCUGCUACAUGUAGCUGAAAUGAUUAUGUGCGUUAUUGCAGAUGUCUUUCAGGUUUAAAGCUUCUUUACAUAAGAACAUUAGCAGGUCUGACUAACUUUUUUUAAAGCUGUCAGUUCAUUUCAUUGAACUACCAUGGACACGUCUUUUUAUGGUCUCUUUUUCACAGAGAUAAUACAAUGUUCUGUUAUUAGACAGAAUCAUUAUCACAACACAAAUACUGAGAAAUCCAAGUUCAAAAUACUGCUAUACAUUUUAAAUUCAGGAGAAAACCACAACAAAAUAAAAUUUGAUAAACUACAUCAUCCAAAUCCUGUGGUUCUCAAGUAUGGAGUUCUUUUGUAUAACCAUUUAUUAAUAAACUAUGUAAUUGUAAUAUGAUACUGAAUGAUGCUGUGGUCCACACCACACCUACUUCCUGAUUGUACAAACUGUAAUCCUACACCCACUUUCUACUGUAAUUCUACACCCACUUUCUGUGUCUUUAAAUAAACAGACAGGUUGUAGUCACACUUGUGUGCUACCCUU